UGGUACCGAUCAGCUGGGCAUCGGCCAGUUUUAAUUCGUAAAAUAAAACGCAUUUUAAAGCAUUUUCGCCCAUUUCUGGCAUUCUUUUGAUACAAAUGCCUUGUUUUCUGUGUACGCAGCGUGCGGAUAACGCAGUUGGAAACAUAGAGUUCGCUUCGGAGGAAGCUGAAUCACUGGGCCUGCGAUGCAUCAUCGAGAAGCACUUCUGGCUAAAGAUCCUUGAUUUGGGCAGUGGCUAUGUCUGCGGCGCCUGCUGGGAGCAGCUGCUGCUCUUCCACAACUUCUACUUGAGUGUUGAGCAGGCCCACAAGGCGUUGGAGCAAACGGUUCUGGAGAAGACAUCUCCGCCAGAAGUAGCUUCCCCCGGACACACGGUGAAGAGUGAACAGGUUGAUAGUGUGGCCGCUGCCGUUAAGCGUCGACGUGGACGUCCCAGAACGACGUGGACGUCAAAGGAUGCCAGCGAAGAAUUUAAGAGUGUGUUGGAGCAGAUAAACCUAAAUGAGAUAAAAAUCGAGUUCCCAGAGGCCGAUCUAACCAUUGCCGAUGUGUUAGAGGAUCAGGACAAUUUUCUUCCGGAUGAGUGCGCUAGCGGGGACGAAGGGGAAGAAGACCAAGAGGAAGAACCCCAGCCAAAGAUUAAGCGAAAGGUUCGCGGACGCCCAAGGGGACGUGGUAGGGUGCGAGUGGCGGAACGCCCCAAGGCAACCGGUCUCCCUAACAUCCAAAAGUCGCAGGAGUUCAACGACUUUAUCCAGGAGCACUAUAAGGUCCUUUGCCACAUAUGCAACAAGCCCAUGGAGGGCUUUUCCGAGAUGCUGGUACAUGUACGGCGUGAGCACAAACAACGCGGCUACUCGAUGUGCUGCAACCGCAAGUUCUGGAAGCGGGGCGUCCUUGUGGACCACCUGCGCCGCCACCAGGACCCUGAGUUCUUCAAGUGUUCCAUUUGCUCACGCGUUAUGGGCCACCGCCGCAGUCUGGAGCUGCACAUGCGCAUGCACGAGAUCAAGUCGCGUGGACGACUCUACCAAUGCGAACACUGCACCAAGAGCUUCUACAGCUCCGUAGUCUGCGAGCGCCACAAGCUGACGCACAUUCCACGGGAGCAGUGGCAGGUGAAGUGCACAAACUGUGAGAAGACUUUUACCACCCAGUAUUCCAUGCAACAGCAUGUGAAGCUGGUCCAUUUGAAUUUAUAUGCCAAGAUCUGUGAUGUCUGUGGAAAAUCCAUCAGAGGUCGCGAAGCCUUGGCCCGCCACAUGGAGGAGCACACAGGCACACCGCAGACAGCCAUUAAGUGCCACCUGUGUGACUCCAUGCUGACCACAAAGUAUGGACUGGCGCGCCACAUUAAAAUGAUGCACACAGCCGAGAACCUGCAGCCCAUGCAGUGUGAGCUCUGUCUAAAAAUAUCGCCCAGCCUGCAGGCACAUCAGCACCAUAUCAAGUACACCCACAAUACGGCUCGAAGUCAUCAGUGUCCUAUGUGCGAGAAGGCCUUUAAGCGGCCCAACGAGCUGAGGGAACACAUGACCACCCACACGGGAGAAGUUCUGUACACCUGCCCUCACUGCCCGCAGACCUUUAAUUCAAAUGCCAACAUGCAUGCCCACCGGAAGAAGGUGCACCGCAAAGAGUGGGAGGAGAACCGCCACCAGCGGCUGCAUCGACCUCGGAAGUCCGACACGAUAAUUGCCGUGAGCGUGCGCAAGACCACGGAGGCCAGGCAGGAUGGAGGGACAGGAGCUACAGAUGUGAUUGCAACGCCCAAUAGCCCCGGAGCAGAGUGCUAGCCCUAGAUGACCCUUUGACCCAAUAAAAACCAAAUGAGACACUGUA